GUCAAUUUGUUUUGUUUGGUUGUAUCUUUGUGAAUAUUUGUGUGAAAAUUGUGACAUUAAAUCCAUUUUAAUCCUGAGAAAUAAUAAUAUUUUGUAGUUUCAUUUAAGUGUUUGUGUAAUUACAUAUUUCAAUAUGUCUAUCGGUGUUCCUAUUAAAGUACUUCACGAAGCUGAGGGUCAUGUAGUAACUUGUGAAACGAAUACCGGCGAAGUUUAUCGCGGGAAGCUAAUUGAAGCCGAGGAUAAUAUGAACUGCCAGAUGACGCUGGUUACCGUAACUUACAGGGAUGGACGUGUCGCCCAGCUUGAGAAUGUGUACAUUAGGGGCUCAAAAAUUAGAUUUCUGAUAUUACCAGACAUGUUAAAGAAUGCGCCUAUGUUUAAACGACAAGGAAAUAAGCCAACUGCUGGGCGCGGCAAAAGUGCGAUAUUACGGGCACAAGCUGCUGGUCGGGGUCGGGCAGGCGGUAGAGGUGGAGGACACAGAGGAGGGUGGCAGGGUGGAUCCGGACCUUCACGGCGUUAGACUGGUGUCAAUGUGUCAACAGUGAUAAUAUUCUAAUAUAAUUAUUUUAAGUAGGCUAACAUGGUUUGAUUAAGUAAGUCCCCAUAUUAUAGGCAUUGUUUUCCUCUGUUUUAUGUAAACAUAUUGGCGAUGCAAAAAUUAUCCCCCGGCCUCUAGUGGCGAAAUUUGAAAGCUGUCUAAGAGUAACACU